CUUUUGUUAAAGUAAAGAGCGUUAGCUAGUUGUUGGUCAAUUUAAAGUUUUUAAUCUGGUAAUAUCAGAAGAAAAUUUAGCUUCAUACUGCCAGUUUCAUAAGAAAAUACAUCAUGGGAAAGAAAGUUAAAAAAGAAGUAGAAGCCCCACCGAAAGAUGUGUUUGAUCCACUUAAUUUUGAGAGUAAGAAAACUGGAACAGUGGUUUUGAUGCUAAAAUCGGACGAGGAAGAAGUACUGGCCAAAGCAUGUGAAGCAAUUUACAGAUUUGCAGAUAAAUGUGAAGAAAAUAAACUGAUGUUACUUGAGCUUGGAGCCAUGGAGUCUUUGAUACGGUUAAUUAAUCAUGAGGAAAAAAUGGUGAAACGAUAUGCGUGUAUGGCGUUUGGAGUCAUGGCUGGCCAUGCUGAUGUGCGCAGAUAUUUAAGAAAAACAGAUGCUAUUCCAUCAGCUAUACAACUGCUUGGUGAUGAGGACGAUGUAUGCAAUGAAUUUGCGAGCCUUUUUCUAUCUCAUAUGUCGGGUGACUUCUCAAGCAAACUAAGCAUUGGACAAUCAGAAGGAGUUGAACCUCUCAUUAAUCUUCUCGCAUCACCUGAUCCCGAUGUUCAGAAGAAUUCACUGCAAGCGAUCUGCAAUCUUGUUCAGGAUUUUCAAAGUCGAACAGCGGUCCGAGAGCUUGGUGGUAUCCCGUCGUUGUUGGAAUCACUUAAGUCUGAAUAUGCUGUUAUACAAGGCCUUGGUCUCUCAACAUUAGCAUCUGUAACUCAAGAUGGUGAAUCAAGAGCAGUGGUUCGUGAGAAUGAAGGCUUGGAGCUUCUUGUGGAUUUUCUUGGAAAUAAAGAUUAUGAUGACCUGCAUGUUCAUGCUCUCUCUGUUCUAUCAAACUGUUUGGAGGACACAGAGUCUUUGGAUGACAUCCGUAGUACUGGAGGAUUAGAGAGUUUGUUAUCUUUUGCAACUGAAGCAUCCACAUCACCAGAGGUGCAAGCCAACACUGCGCGUGCAUUGUCGAGAGCUGCAAAGAAUGUUGAGAAUGGGAAGAUCCUUCAUGAACAAGAAGCGGAGAAGACUCUCAUCACUAUGACGGGAUCAGAAUCAGAUAUUGUUCGAAUCGCUGCCUGUCAAGCCAUUGCAACACUGUCCAAUAACUUGGCUGCAAAAGAUGCAUUUGGAAAAUCAGAGGGUAUACCCCCGCUUAUAAACCUGUUAUCAGCGGAAAACCCAAUGGUGCGUGAAGCAGCUACGCUCGCCCUCGCAAACCUGACCCUUACCAACACCAACAAUGCUAAUGAAGUGUUAACAUCUGGUGGAGUUGAACAACUUCUAUCUCUACUUCAAUUCAACAAGGAGUCAGUUGUUAUCAAUUCAGCUGCUUGCCUUAUCAACAUGGCACAAGAUCUUACUAUCAGAAACGACAUAUUCAAGCGAGGAAUAGUUGCUUCCCUAACUGAACCACUCAAAUCUAAGAGUCCUCGAGUGCAAAGUAAAAUAGCACAAGCUGUCUCCACUUUUGUAACUGGUGCUGAAGCAAGGUCUGAGAUUUGCCAACAUGGUGGAUUGGAACCGCUGGUUCAACUGGUAAAAUCUGGUGAUGCUGACGUAAGAAGAAACGCAUCUUGUGCAUUACUUCUGUGUUGUGCUGACCCACCAACUGCUGCAGCCAUUUCAAAACUUGGAGGUCUUGAAAUUCUUCAGGAGAUAAAUUCUUCUGAACAACGCUGUAACAACUUUAGUGUGGCUGCCUUUGAAAAGUUGCUUGACAGCAAUCUGCCAGCGAAGUACAGCUUAACAGGCCGUCUUGCUUCACAUAAUAUUAUAACGGAUGGUUUCUAUGAUGCUGGCCAGCUGCGACCGGAAAGUAAGUUUUUCACUCUGGACGAAAUUUCGAAACAGGAAGUCAAUCAAAAAAGACCAAUUCUCCUGGUUAACUGUAAAGCCACAGACGUGGAAGAGGAAGAGCUGGAGGGAGAUUUGGACAAUCGUCCAACAGAGUCCCAGCUUAGUAUGGAUGGCACGGAGCCAGGUGUGUGUUCGGAGGCCCUGAACUCCCCUGCCGUGGCCCGGAGCCCUGCCCCCAAUGUUAAAUCUCAAGAUGAUUCUUCUGAAAAAGGAAGCAGAGUCAGUUCCAAGGCAUCUUAUACAAGAAGAAAAAAGAAAGACAAGGAAGCACUGAUGCGUGAAGAAGCUGAGAGAAUUCGAGCAGAAAAAGAAGCGAUUCGACUAAAAGCGCUUCAAAUAGAACAGGAAUUGCAAAAGCAGCUCGCAAGUAAAGAUGGUGUCUAUCACCCUCCAGUGGACAAUGUGUUGCAGAGCUAUUUCGAUAAUGUGACCAAAUAUAUUCUCCCAAUGCCCUCAACAAGAGAGCAAAUUGUGGCCUUGGCGCAAUUUGUGGUUGAUAAAAUGGGUGGCGAGAUCGACCGGGGUAAAAUGUCGGACUUUAGUUGGGAGCUUCAUAUCGCUGAGUUGAAGUAUGACCUCAAAUCAAACAUCAUUCCAAUCGGGAAGAUUCAAUAUGGAAUUCAUUACCACAGAGCUUUAUUGUACAAGGUGCUGGCUGAUAAAAUUGGUGUACCAUGCUCACUGGUGCGCGGAGAGUACAAUAGGGCGUGGAAUGAAGUAACGAUCGCUGCCUCGCUUGAAAAAGGAGCAGCUCGGUACCCUCCAACGCGCUACAUCAUUGAUUUGAUGCACGAUACAGGAAAGCUGAUAAGAACAGACAGCCCUGAAGCUGUCCAGUACAAAUCAAUCUAACAUGUCCAGAUUUUUUAUUUAUAAAUACUGUGAUUUUUU